UAGACAUUCCGCACGUACAUUGCCUUGACAUUAUUAAUUAUUGUUGGAUAACUAUGAUAUCAUUCAAAACAUGUCGAUUACGACACUAAGAGGCAUCCCAUUAGCUGCCGUAGACAUAAAUUAGUCUUCACAAGUUGUUUACCCCGCCGCCGAAAUGUAUUGUUUGCAGUGGUUGAUCCCCGUACUCUUGAUACCAAAACCCGUCAACCCGGCGUUGGUGAACACACACGUUAUGUUUAUGGUGCUGUAUCUCAUUGGGUUCUUCCUCGAGAGGAAGCCUUGUACAGUGUGCAGUGUUGUAUUCCUUGCGGCGGUCAUACUUAUCUGUUAUAGUGGUAUCGGUAACUGUUUGUUUUGGUCGCAAUGCGAAUGCGAGAAGUAUGAUACCUAGGUAUCCCUUACACACAACGCCCCGUGCUCAAGUGCAAGCCAAGUGUACCUUGUAAACAAAAACGCGUAUCACCCAGGAAAGUGGUCGUGCAAUCAUUUUAUCCAAUGAAUGUAACUAUAAUAUAUUUUUGUAAAUAGAGAAUUAUUAUUAUUGUUUACAAAUUCCGAUGUCAUAUACAUUCAUUAAGAAUAUGGACAGAGUUGUGGAUGUGCUGAUGUACUUAUAUUAUCUUGUUUUUUAUGUUUAAUUAUUAACUCACACUUUUCUUUAUGAACUCUCUGAAUGAAAUCUAGAAUAUGGUACCAUGCGUUGUAUAAUUUAAUAAACGGACUAAGGUGCUACAAGAUGUUAGCAGGUGGGAAGUGCAAUGUGAGUAGGUAGGAGUGGGGAGCCAUGGGUUGCUUCGUACCUUUCCCACUUUCAAUAUACAUAAUACAGGGCCACCAAUUCUUUCUUCAGAAAGUUCAUAAAGCACUGUGUUAAUUAUACCUACCUAUGUGAUUAUUGAUUGUACAGUAAUUAUUAUUAUAAAUAAUAUUGUGAAUAAAGU